CCCGCGGAGCCGGAGCCGGAGCCGGGAGUCCCGAGCUCGAGUGCCCGGCGUGGCGCGGGCGAGGCGGGGCGCGGGGGGGGGGGGGGGCGUGGACCGCCGGGCUCUCGUCUCCGCGGACGCCCAGCGGAGGGGGCGGCGGCUCGGCUCCCGCCCCAGCGCCCGGCGCCCCCUCCUCGGGCCGCGCGCCUGACACCACCCCCUGGGCCGGGCGCCCCCCGCGCGCCCCGCGCGCCCCCCGCGCCCCGCGCCCCGGCCCGGCAUGUAGCGGCGGUGGCGGCCGCCACGGCGGAAUAUGGGCGGGAGCCACUCCCACAAGCCCCCCGUGUUUGACGAGAACGAGGAAGUCAACUUUGACCACUUCCAGAUUCUGCGGGCCAUUGGUAAAGGGAGUUUUGGGAAGGUAUGCAUCGUGCAGAAGCGGGACACGAAGAAGAUGUACGCCAUGAAGUACAUGAACAAGCAGAAGUGCAUCGAGAGGGAUGAGGUGCGGAACGUGUUCCGGGAGCUGCAGAUCAUGCAAGGGCUGGAGCAUCCCUUCCUGGUCAAUCUGUGGUACUCCUUCCAGGACGAGGAGGACAUGUUCAUGGUGGUGGACCUGCUGCUGGGCGGGGACCUGCGCUACCACCUGCAGCAGAACGUGCACUUCACCGAGGGGGCCGUGAAGCUGUACAUCUGUGAGCUGGCCCUGGCGCUGGAGUACCUGCAGCGGUACCACAUCAUCCACAGAGACAUCAAGCCAGACAACAUCCUACUGGACGAGCACGGCCACGUUCACAUCACAGACUUCAACAUCGCCACGGUGGUCAGGGGAGUAGAAAAGGCUUCCUCCAUGGCCGGCACCAAGCCUUACAUGGCUCCGGAGGUCUUCCAGGUCUACGCGGACGGGGGCCCCGGGUACUCGUACCCCGUGGACUGGUGGUCCCUGGGCAUCACGGCCUAUGAGCUGCUGCGGGGCUGGCGGCCCUACGAGAUCCACUCGGCCACGCCCAUCGAUGAGAUCCUGAACAUGUUCAGAGUGGAGCGCGUCCACUACUCGUCCACGUGGUGCAAGGGGAUGGUGGCGCUGCUGAAGAAGCUCCUGACCAGGGACCCCGAGAGCCGCCCGUCCAGCCUCCGCGACAUCCAGAGCUCGCCCUACCUGGCCGACAUGAACUGGGACGCUGUGUUCCAGAAGACGCUGAUGCCCGGCUUUGUGCCCAACAAAGGGAGACUGAACUGUGACCCCACCUUUGAACUGGAAGAGAUGAUUCUGGAAUCCAAGCCACUGCACAAGAAGAAGAAGAGGCUGGCCAAGCACAGAUCCAAGGACGGCACGAAGGAAAGCUGUCCGCUGAAUGGACACCUGCAGCAGUGUUUGGAGACGGUGCGGAAGGAGUUCAUCAUAUUCAACAGGGAGAAGCUCAGGAGGCAGAAGGGGCAGAGCAGCCAGCUCUUGGACCCCGAAGGCCGAGCGGGGAGCCAGGCCCCAAGCAAGCUCCAGGACGGGUGCAACAAUAACCUCUUCACCCACACCUGCUCCCGAGGCUGCAGCCGCUAAGAUCCGCCUGCAGACCCGGCAGAGGGCUCCGUCUGUGCCAC